AUGGAAGGUUUUAUGGACAGUAGGGAUCAUCCCAUUAAGAAAUUUGUCACAGGGCAAAAAGGAAAAGUUUACAGUACCGGGUACUGCCAAGGAAAUGCACUGGUGAUAAAUACAGUUCAGGUGGUGAUCAUGAUAUAUGGUGGGGGUGGUCCUCCUGUUGUUGCAAGUGUCACAAGUUGUUUGGACUCCAAACUCAUCAUCGGGCCUACACCCAACUAA